AACCCGAUCCAAAUCUAUUCAGUUCAGUACCUGUCGCGGUCUCGCAGCCCGCGGACGUGAGCUCGAGGGAAGCAAGUCGACGAUGGUGGCGGAUUCGUCGAUAUGGGUGCACGCUUUGGUCCUCCUCCUCGCCUUGGCCGGUUUCUUCGGUCUCCGAUCCUUCCCUAAGCACACCAGCUCCCGCCUCCGCCGCCCCUCUUUCUCCCUCCAGUCCCGCCGCCAUUUCGUCAACGGCACCCAGCUACUCGGCCGCGCCCGCGCCUCCAAUAACAAAAGCCACGGAAGCCGAUCCACCCCUGCCCUCGCGCGCUCCGCCUGCGACGAGGCCGACCGUGCCAUCGCCCUCGAUCCCCGCGACGCCGCCCCUCACAUCCUCAAGGCCCUUGCCCUAGACCUCCUCGGCCGCCGCCAUCCUGCCCUCCGGUCUCUCGACACUGCCCUUGCGCCUCCGGCUUGCAAGUCCCUCGAACCCCGUGAGCGCGGCGACGCCCACUUCAAGCGUGCAGAAUUCCACCUUGCCCUCAAUCGCCGCCGCCGCCUCGAUCAGGCCAUCGCCGACCUCCUCGAGGCGGUUCGGCUGAACCCCGAAAAUGGCAAAGCGUUCUGCGUUCUAGGUGAGUGCUACGAGGAAAAGGGUUUGCUGGAUGAGGCGAGAACGGUUUACGAGACUGCGAUUGGGAUUGACGAUUCACUGAUCGUUGCCGAUGAGGCACUUCGUAGGAUGUCCUCCGCAAAAGUUGGGUCUUGAUCGGCCUCAGCCACUCAGUAUCCUGGCUCAUCCUUAAAUUCUGAAGUAUGCUGUGCAAUGAAUCCUUUUACUAUUUCUUCCCGUGAAUCUAUCAAACAAAAAUUGGUAAGCCAGCUAAAUUAUUCUCUCAAAUCAUUAUUCUGUCAGCAUGUUACAUUAGAUUGCAUACUAGGAGCCACUGUAAGACAAUACCAUGAGAUUGUAAUUGCAUUUUAAUCAUAAAAGUAUUGCUUUGGAAUUCAGCCACACUACUGCAGCAUCCCCUGUAGCUUUCAUUCUUGUAAUACUAAAAAGUAUGAAGUAAUCUAUUUGACACUGUUAUUCCAUCAAUUGUCCAAUUUUCUCGCUCCAAAUAUAUAUUGAUCACUCAAUCUAUCAUAUUUUUCCCUCUUCCUGAUUGUAUUGUUUCUGUGUGAAGUUGGGGAAAAAUGAAAAACGACCUAAAGCAUAGGUAAAUCUGACAAAGUUUGCUGUUGGAACAUGUUGCAACUUACUAUUUCAGACUGGUUUCAGAUUUACUACUUUUCUGGAAACUUUGCAUCUUGAUUAGAUAAAAUCUGUUGCCAAUUCUUUGAUUAUGGCUAAAGGGCCCUUUGAUAAGAACUCGUGCAUGAUCUCGACUAUGUUUUCAAGUACUUAGUUUGUCAAAAGUUUAGGAUGGAUAGGUUAUGCAAGUUUUAAACAACUUAAGCAUGUGUUAUGUAUACAGUGGAGCCACCGCAUUAUAUGGUUACAUAUAUGGUUUAACAUGAUUUCUAUUGACAGUAAUACAAAUCAUGAUAACAAAUGUAACAGAUGUGUGCUAUAUAACAUAUCAAACUAGUCAAUCUAAUUCAUAUAAAAAAUGCAUUUGUGAUUUAACAAUUUAAUCACCCUAAGCAACCAUAAUUUCAUUAUAUAUAUAUA